AUUUUGUCCAAUGAAAAAAUGUUAUAUUAUUUGGUGCUGAAGAGAACAACAACAAAAUCACAACUUCCGGCGUCAUGUCGGGCACACCGGUUUUGUCAUUAUUGCGACAGUCAUCAAGGAAAUGGACGUGGAAACUCUAUCAAAGACUUGCAACAAAUGUUUACUGUGGGUCUAUUCACGUGAAGGCACCAUUCCUAAACUGUACACCAAACAUCACCUGGCACCAGCCCUCCUUCACUAGUGGUCAUCACAGGAACUACUGCACAAACAGUUUAUCUGAGAUAAAGUUUGAGGAGCUGGCAGAGGAAACACUAGAGCGGCUGUCAGAAAAGUUUGAUGAUAUAGCAGAGACUGUGGAUUGUGACGAUGAAUAUGAUGUUUCUUAUGGAAGUGGGGUGUUGACUGCAAAGAUCAGUAGAGAAUGGGGAACAUAUGUUAUAAAUAAACAGACUCCAAACAAACAGAUAUGGCUGUCCUCUCCUGUCAGUGGGCCAAAAAGAUAUGACUAUGUAGAUAAACGUUGGAUAUACAAACAUGACGGUGUACCAAUGAUGGACUUACUGACACAGGAACUGUCCGAGGCACUCUCUACACACAUAGACUUUAAAUCGUGUGAAGAAGAGGACUCUUAACUCUUGUUACAUCCAUUAGUUGUGAUAUUUAUGCGAUGUGUAAAAGACAGUGUUUUUGUUGACAGUGGUGGAUACUCAUUAAUAAAAUACGAUACUAUUUAAA